UCUGAAAGUAGAACCGCCUUUCUACUCAACAUAGACUUUAACACAUAAGUAGCAGUCGGAAGUUACCGUGGCUGCAACCUAUAACCCUUGUACGGUCGCUUUUUCUGUACAAUAUAGGAAGAGCCACAUCAGGUCCUGUGACCUGCCUGCUUGUCAUGGCGAAACGCAAGAUCACUGUGCCAGACCAUCCUCUAAAGCGAGCUCGAGGCGAUCAGACAGCAGAGGAUUUGACAAGUGCCAAGUCUGUCCGCCAACAAGCUGAACCGUAUCGGAUUAUUACUGCCAAGUUCCCUAUUGCUGCCCUCACAGCUUCGUGGAGCGUAGGCAGCAACCGACCGAUCAAUAGCCAGCAUGUACAUAGGCUCUGCCAGAUAUUCAUGGAGCAAGGACUCCAACGAGAGGCAGAAGAGAAUCGUUUACUGAUAGCAUGCUCGCGUGAUGAAGUCCAGAGGAUGAUAGACCACCUUGGAGAGGGAGGGGACCGUAUGGGCACGCCACCUCCCUGGCCGUUUUUUAAAGACUGGGAGGCCGUCAAUGGGCGUGGGGCAGAAAUAAUGGUUGGGCAGCAUCGUGUAGAGGCGGUGAAGGCAUUCCUGCGGAAGUUGGAGGAAGACCCGAAUGAAGGCUCACACUGGUGGAUCUGUGACAUCUAUGACAAAGAUACACUCCCGCCUCGUAUCAGAACCCGACUUCGCGCGAAUAGGGUCGGUCAUACCCUUCCAGACAAUCACGGCCAGAUCUGGAUGGAGCUCGCGACGCUGGCGGAGCAAGAUAAGACCCUCUUUCAAGGGUCUAGUACCGGAGUGAAGAAGGAAAUGCUAGAAACACUUGGCCUGAGUGGCUGCGUCGGGUUCCCAAUCCGUCGCCUAGUGACUCUCUGGAAGAACAACAGCUGGCGGGAUAUGAUUACGAGGUGGUGCCGCACAGGCGUGGGGCGGUCUACGUUUAACAUAUCACUAUGGGAUAACAUGGCCAGGUUCCGGAUUGAUGAUUUCUGGUUUGAUCCGUUUGAUGAGGUGCUGAAAACGAUCUCGAAGUUGUCUGGAGGGUUAGACAAGGCAGUUCACCUGAGCGAUUGGGCUGCCCUGGUGCGUCUGCCGCGACCAUGCUCAUCUUCUAAUAUGCAUGAUCUAUUUUACCCUAAUGCUCCUACCGACGUCCUAGCCAACCUCAGCGAUCAGGGCCAUCUGUAUCGCCGGUCGGGGUUCUUAGUAGGACUCGAGCAUGGCCACUAUCACAACGCCGCACGAUACGUCCUAGGCAAUGCGGGUCAGGAAUAUAUUGAUAUUCAGGCCCUGCUGCGGACAGGUCGGAGGGAAGGGAAGAUCCUGUCAGAGGUGAUAUCCCACGUCACGCGGUGGAUCAACUGUGAGCCCACCAAGGUUAUAGGCCGCGAGAAUAACAAGCCGCAGCUGUGGCAAAAUUUUAUACCGGCCUUGACGAUCGAACAUAACAGCCAAGCCCCACGCAAGUCACGCAAGCUGCAGCGGGAUCUCUUCGCCACUGUAGAGGGUCGACUGGAUCAGCUAGAGGGGAGUCUCGGAGGGGAUAUUGGCGAUGAUACCUACCUGGAGAGGUUUAAAUCUCCGACCUGGAGGGAUAUUCUGAUCACUGUACGUGAUGCAGCUGGUGGUCAAUUACAAGAGAACCUUGCCACGCUUAGGUUGCCAGGUCCGAAGAGUACUUUAUACGAACAGGAACCUGCCUUGAUCAAAGCCUUGAGCUUUGCAGUUGGUGGUCUCCCCUGGGUUAGGGAUAACCCUGCGCUCAGGGCGAACGGGUGUAUCGAGGAACUCAUGCGACACAUCUCACCAAUUGUGAUCGAGUGGGCGGCGCAGAACUCCCAAAAGGGUCUCACUGCCCAGACGACCGGGAAGGUACCACGCUGGCCUUUAUCGAUUAAGGAAUUGGUGGAGAAGCAGCUCCAGGCACUUACCAGGAUGUCGGUGAGCCCAACAGCGGCGAUGGAGAGUGAGGAGAAUCCUUCGGUUCGCACCCCGCCAGGUAUCUCAUUGGCUGCAGGUGUGAAAAUGUUCAAACACUCCUCCGCCGUUGGCUGGGCGUGUCGUCGCCGAGAAGGAGCUCAGCGCGGAACGAACAGAUGGCACGAGAGAGUCUCGAAUAACCAAAUCCGUCUCGUCGGGAGUCCUCCGCCGUUAGGCACGUGUAAGGACUCAGGCUCAGCGGCCAGCCCCGAGCAUAGUCGCUAAAGAAGUGAGGAUUGAGAUCAUAGCCCAUGAGAUUAAAUCACGAGCUCGCAGGCUCUGGUAGGCUAUUUGGAGAAAGGACAUAGCCUUUAUAAGAUAAUGCCAUCGUACAUGAACACUUAAAUAUCGCUAGCCAACAUGAGAAGUGGAUCACCAACCUGAUCUCGAUCUCUGGCCAUUUGGGUACAGUGCAGAUUGAUAUAGAGCACACUAAUUGUAGAGUAGUAGAUACAUAAUUAGACUGAAAGUUGCCACGGAG